AUGCAAGCCAAUACCACCAACCUCAUAAUCGCCGCAUCAUCCAUAUUUGUGAUAUCCAGGGUGGUCAAAUUCAUUAAUGGGCUCAAGGCGGUGAACUACCUUCCAGGGUACAGGAUACCCUUUUGGCCCCUCUGCCUGCCCGGGGCCGUGCUACCGACAACAUGGUGGAACGUGGGCAUGGCGUUUCCGUGGCGGCGACGGUUCGACGCGUAUCGGCAGUUCAACAAUGAAAGUUUCUCCAUUGUCCCCUGGCUUGUCGGACCUGCUGGAAUCUACACCUCGAACAUUGACGUUGGCCGGCAAGUGAUAGCAGGAGGCCACAAGACGUCUUUCAUCAAACCUGAGGAGGCCAGCCAGUCGCUUUUAUUAUGGGGCAUGAACCUAGUAGCUGCCGAAGGUGAUACCUGGAGGAAGCACCGACGAGUAAUGGGCCCAGCAUUCAACAAUAGUUUAUACAACCUUGUCUGGGAGCGGACGCUCCAGACCUACCAUGAGAUGGUGCGCGCAGAAGGCUGGGCUGAUAAAGACAUCGCGGAGGUGCCCGCUGUCCAGAAACUGACCUUUAAGCUCGCUCUUCUUAUCAUCGGCCACUGUGCGUUUGGAUUCCCCUUCGACUGGUCCACACCUGCAAACCUCUCCGAUGGUUUGAUGUCCGUCCAGGAGGCUCUCCGGAUCGUCGCUGACACGCAUAUGUUCUCCGUCAUUGCACCGAAAUGGGUAUACAAGCUCCCUAUAAAAUGGAUCCAGGAAAGUCGCAUCGCCCAUGAACAACUGGCGAAAUUCAUGCGUGACCAAGUGGCUGACCGUAAGCAGGCCUUGCAUGCAGCGCAGAGCGACAAGGGAGCUCUUGGAAGGGAUGCGUUUUCGAUGCUGGUUGCAGCGAAUGAGUCUGAGAACGAGAAGCUUAAGCUGAGUGAUCAGGAACUCAUCGGGAACGUUUUUAUUAUGUUGUUUGCUGGUCAUGAAACAACUGCGCACACUCUUGCGGCAACUCUGGGAUUCAUGGGCUUAUAUGAAGAUAUCCAGGAAGAUGUUUUCCGGCAAAUAGUAGAUAUUGUUGGUCUCGAUCGUGAUCCUACAAUGGAAGACUACCCCAAGCUGACAAAAGUGACUGCGGCGUUCUACGAGUCGCUCCGAAUGUUCCCGGCUGGCCACUUGAUGAUCCGCGAGGCCUGUGAGGAUACGACGCUAUCCAUCCCUAAUCCCGUCGGUCAGGAGGGCAGUGAGACCAUCCCUGUCCCCAAGGGGACGCAGGUGGUGGUCGACAUGGUUGGCGUCCAAUACAACCCUCGAUACUUCAAGGAACCUGAGAAAUUCAAGCCCUCGCGGUGGGAAGGCGUAUCCAACGAAUCGGAGAGUUUCACGGCGUUCAGCGUUGGCCCGCGGAUGUGCAUUGGCCGUAAAUUCGCGAUCACCGAAUCCGUGUGCUGGUUGACGAUGCUUCUCCGCGAAUGGCGCGUCGAACCGAUUUUGCAGCCUGGUGAGACGAAGGAGCAGUGGCAACGUCGGGUGAUGGAUGCCAAGCUUGUCCUGACGCUGGGCGUCGCCGACGUGCCAGUCAGAUUCGUGAGGAGGACGAGGGCGUAG